AUGAGUAAUCCGUGCACAUCCGAGUUGAGUGCAUCCAGAGCACUCUUCGCACAACGACAAAUGCAAUGGCGAAGUCAAAAUUUAUUCAUCGACCGCAUCUACCAGGUAUGCAACAACGUACAUCCAGGAAUCGGUUUGGAGCGAGCAGCUGUAGACCACAUUCAAGAGUUACUGAUGCGAAUACUCUUCGAAAUACUCGAAUCGAAACCGCAGAAAAUCGAAGAUAUGGAACGUUGUAUGCGUGCUUCAUUACCAGCCAGUAUGUGCCAUUGGGUUAUGCAGUAUCAAGAAACGAACGAAGCGUUGCAUAAUUUAAGCUCAAAGAAGCUGUUCGAUAAGCGAAACGCAAAUGCCCGAAGUCUCACUUCGCUGCUUCAUGCUCUUCAACCGAAAAUUAAGGAGCAUCUUGGGUAUAAAGUGGAUGAUAAAGUAAUGUUGUAUAUAUUAUCUGUUAUUGAAUACGUUGCGGCCGAUAUACUCAAGUGGACUGGUAACUAUGUGAAGAAUAUUCGUAAAGGCAAUCAUACAAUCGGAUUGCAGAAUCUGAAAAUUGCCCUCAGCGCUGACAAAAGUCUAAUGGAGUUGACCGAGAUGCUUUAUAAUGAAGAGGAGGCAUCAACGGCAGGCAUUCUGAAUGAUUUAGCAGAAGAGAAUUGGAAGAUUACACAAGAACUUACAUAUGAAAAGGUAUCACGCGAUUUGAACCAUGAAGAGGAGCAGUAUUUGCGUGAUUUGAAUUUGAUUUUGCACGUGUUCCGACGGCGUUUCGAAGCUGCAUUCGGUGAGAACGAUAAGCAUUAUUUGGAGGAUAUAUUCGGCGAUAUUUGUGAGCUGCAUGAAUUAACAGUGAAAGUUCAACGCAUUGUCGAGGAUGCAAUUGAGAUGUCGGAUACGCCGUGUAUCGGAGCUGGACUCUGGGAGUUGGCCGAGGCGCAUGAAUUUGAUGUGUACAUUACUUAUAUGGAUCUCUUCAAAUCGUCCGUGUCAACAACAUUGGCUGAGCUACUGAGUGAUCCGAAAUACGACAACUUUUUUGAGAUGGAGGAUCGUACCUAUAGUGCAACGCCUGGUGGAGAAACGUUUCGGCUAGCCGUUAAAUACGUUUUACCAACGAUGCUGCAAACACCAGUGGUACAUUUCUUCAGAUAUGUGGAAUAUAUUAAUAUGUUAAUUCAUCUAUCAAAACCUGGUGGAGAUUUGGAGGAUUUGAAGAGUGCGAAAAGUUAUUUCAGUGGUUUAGCGGUGAAAAUCGAAGCGCUGUGCCCGGCUGCAUUGAAAUCACAUUUGAAAAAUGAACAAACUCAACGACUGAUUAUUGAGUCGAGUCGGUCGAAACAAUUGAGGCGAAUUCAAGAAAUACAACGCAGUAUCGAGUUGUGGGAAGGCAAAGAAAUCGGCUAUACUUGUGGAGAGGUUUCAUUGAAAGGUGAUUUGUUAAUGGUUCGACCCGGAGUAUUGCCAACUUCUGAAGUGAUCAAGAAGGGUCGUGGAGCAACCGAUCGUCAUGUCUUCUUAUUUGACCAUCUUCUUGUGCUAACAAAAAUUCAUCGAUCUUCGAAACCCGAGAAGCCCCUGUACAAAUUUAAAGGCAAAGUGCUCAUUCGAAAGACAGACAUAUUCGAUCUGAACGAUACCGAAGAACUGCAAAAUGCGUUCCGAAUAGAAUCGCGAUCGGCAGGUCGUGAAGGUAGUGUGACAACAAGUUGGGUUUUGUACUGCAAAUCGGCUGAUGAGAAAACCAGCUGGAUGUCUGAUCUGGUGAUGAUUCAAACGAAAAGUUUAUUAGAUCGUAUGUUGGAUAGCUCGUUGAAGGAGGAAGAGAAACGGAUUCCGCUGAUAGUUCCUGGACCAGAUCAGUACAGGUUUUCGGAUGUCGAUUGCGAUGAGAAUAUCGUAUUCGAAGACUACACAUCGAGUAGUGGAAUACCGGUUGUGAAGCACGGCACUGUGCUGAAGCUUAUCGAACGACUCACCUAUCAUCUAUAUACAGACAACAAUUACGUACGUACCUUCCUCACCACAUACAGAUCGUUUUGCACUCCACAAGAGUUACUGCAGUUGCUAAUCGAACGUUUCAAUGUGCCAACCCCGCAUCAGCUGAAAGCUGUGGAACAGAGCCUUUCACCGCAUCAAUCAAGGAGUUUAUUGAACGGACCGUAUGCAACAGUGCACUCACAAGGCCUGCAAAUGCCCACGAUGGCUGCUGCAUAUGGUCGCAUUGAGCAGAGUUAUCAGCGUUUCCGUAAGGAGUAUCAACGACCGGUUCAGUGCAGAGUUCUUAGCGUAAUACGGCAAUGGAUAAAUGGUCAUUGGUAUGAUUUUGAAUGUGAUGAGGUAUUACUGGAGAAUUUGUGUUCAUUUUUGGAGGAAACCGAUCGACAAUCGAAUGUAACGAAUCAGCACAAAAAGUGGUGUAAAAGUAUUCAGACUUGUAUUGAUCGAAAGCGACGCUUAGAUUCAGUACAAACACCGGCAGUAGUGGAUUCGGUCGAUGAGGGUAUUCCGCCGCCUCUGAACUCACCGAAUUCUUUUGCACCCGCCAAACCACCGAUUGUAUGGCAUACGGCAAAAAAGGGUGAAAUCAACACGUAUGAUUUGCUGACUUUGCAUCCACUGGAAAUAGGCAGGCAGAUAACGUUGCUGCAGUUCGAUCUGUAUCGCGCGAUAAAGCCAAUUGAAUUGGUUGGUUCAGCUUGGACCAAACAUGACAAGGAUCGACGAAGUCCACAGUUGCUGAAACUUAUCGAUCAUAGCACUAUGUUAACCUAUUGGGUGGCAAAAACAAUUGUCGAAACGCCGUCGCUGGAGGAACGAGUGGGAAUGUUUAGCCGGGUAUUGGAAGUGAUGUCGGUGUUCGAGGAAUUGAACAAUUUCACGGGAUUGGUAGCGCUUUAUUCGGCACUGAACAGUAGUUCGGUAUAUCGACUGAAAGCGUGUUGGGAGCGAAUCGAUCGUGAGAAGCAAGUUUGUUAUGAGAAGUUCAAAAAAUUGUGCAAUCCGCAUUGGAAGGAGAUGAUCACCCGGCUGCAAACCAUUAACCCACCAUGCGUUCCCUUCUUCGGUCACUAUCUGUCGAAGAUAUUUUUCUACGAAGAGGGCAAUAGCACAUUCGUGCAGAACACGGAUGAGGAUCUAACGCAUGAACAGGUUAACAAUGAGGGUGCCGUAACGAGCAGUAAUACGAACAGUAACAGUAAUGCCACAAACAGUUGCUCAUCAAAUCCAACGACAACGAAUGUGAACGUGAAUGUGAACCUGAAUGCAGUACCACCAACCCGUAAGGCGUUGGUAUCGUUCGUGAAAUGUCGACGUAUCGCAGCGAUAAUCAGCGAUAUUCAAAUGUAUCAAAAUCAGCCGUACGCCCUUCAAGUGGAACCGUCGAUUAGGGAAUUAUCGAGACUGGACAACGAGUAUCGAGGCAAAACGAGAGUAAUUGUUAGGACUUUUGUGCUAUCGUAUUGGUCAAGUGAGGAGCUGACCUGGGGUCAUAUAUGGAUUUGCCACUGGCCUGGAAGUGCCGACAGCGGCAUGCAAGUGACGCACGCAACCGUUACGGUCAUUAUACUCGCACUUCAGUAG